CGCCGAGCAAGCUCAAAUACGUAUUCACGACUUGUUAAGCUAUACAGGUACGGUCGUUUGACUCGGUAGAAAGUGCGGCGUCGUAGGCAUCCACACGCAGCAGUGUAGACGUGUGCUCAACGAUGCGGAAACGGCGAAGACCUACCUGCGAAUAACCUUGAAUGUCAUGCGCUUCAGUGACAAUCCACCGCCGUACGGCGGGCAGGGAUACGGUAGGAAAGGUGAUAUGGAGAUGUGACUUCUUACCAGCGAAUAUGGUACUCUAUACUCUCGAUCUGGCACGCUCAUACCUCAGCGGGAUCCCAAUGCUUUGCACCGUAAUUGUCGCAAGGUUAGCGGCGACGUGGGCAUCGUGGAAACGCGACAGCCGGAGCUGCAGCGGCUGCAGAACAGGCUGGCAGCAAGCAGCCCAGCGAGUGCUACAGCCAGCUUGCCAACGUGGAAACCGCCUGUUCAUCCGGACUUGCGAGGUCUGGUGGCUAUGAGAGCUAGUGCCGAUACCGCCAACUGCAUGCUGUACUUUCGUGCUAAGAAGCCGAUCAUCAGCGCCCAUGCCGCUGUCCCCGCUUCAUG